UCCCUGAUACAUGAGGAAAUGGAUGAACAGAAGAUCCGAGAACUUAUCAACAAGAUGAUGGAGCUGCUGACUGGAGAGGUUCCUAUAAGGUGUCAGGACGUGGCGGUCUAUUUCUCCAUGGAGGAGUGGGAGUAUGUAGAAGGACACAAGGAUCAGUACAAGGAUCAGGUCAUGAUGGAGGAUCAGCAGCCCCUCACAUCACCAGUCAGAUCCAGUAAGAGAACAGCACCAGAGAGGUGUCCCCGCCCUCUUCUUCCACAGGAUGAUCAGGGUGAAGAUCCGAACAAUAUUAAUGUUCCAGAGUCAGAUGUGAGCGGUGAUGAGCAGUAUAAGGAGGACAUUCCUACAGGGAAAGAAAAUGCUACAGACGUAAAGGAAGAAGAAGAGACAGAUGUGAGCGGUGAUGAGCAGUAUAAGGAGGAGAUUCCUACAGGGAAAGAAAAUGUUAUAGACGUAAAGGAAGAAGAAGAGACAGAUGUGAGCGGUGAUGAGCAGUAUAAGGAGGACAUUCCUACAAGUAACCUCUCUGAUUCUUGUACCAGGAGAUCAGAGGAGAAUCUUAUAUCUUCAGAUUAUAAAGCAGAUGAUGAUAUCACACAAGAUACAUAUGAAGAACAUUCCAUUAUCCCAGAUACACCCUCAGCCCUUCACAGCCAAGAUCUGUCAUCUCAUCCUUAUAUACAGGUCCUGUCUUCUCAUUCAUCACAGGAUGUUCUGCAAAAUAAAAGCCACAGAAGGGGUGUUGGACAUCAACGAGCUCAUACAGGAAAGAAACCAUAUUCAUGCUCAGAAUGUGGGAAAUGUUUUACCCAAAAAUCUAAUCUUGUUAGACAUAAGAGAAAUCACACAGGGGAGAAACCAUUUUCAUGUCCAGAAUGUGGAAAGUGUUUUACCCAUAAAUCAAAUCUUGUUAAACAUAAGAAAACUCACACAGGAGAGAAGCCCUUUUCAUGUUUAGCAUGUGGUAAAUGUUUUACUCAGCAAUCACAUGUUGUUGUACAUCAGAGAACUCACACAGGAGAAAAGCCAUUUUCAUGUUCAGAAUGUGAGAAAUCUUUUGCUUGCAAAUCACAUCUUGUUCAGCAUCAAAAAAAUCACACAGGAGAGAAGCCAAUUCCAUGUUCAGAAUGUGGAAAAUGCUUUACUUGGAAAUCAGAUCUUGUUAAACAUCAGAGAACUCACACAGGGGAGAAGCCAUUUCCGUGUCCAGAAUGUGGAAAAUGCUUUACUCGGAAAUCGGAUAUUGUUAAACAUCAGAAAAUUCACACAGGGGUGAAGCCGUAUUCAUGUUCAGAAUGUGGCAAAUGUUUUACUCAAAAUUAUCAUCUUGCUGAACAUCAGAGAACUCACACAGGAGAGAAGCCAUUUCCGUGUUCAGAAUGUGGAAAAUGCUUUACCUGGAAAUCGGAUCUUGUUAAACAUCAGAAAACUCACACAGGGGAGAAGCCAUAUUCAUGUUCAGAAUGUGGGAAAUGUUUUACUCGGAAAGCAACUCUUCUUAUACACCAAAGAGCUCACACUGGAAAGUAACCUUCCAACUUGUCAAAUAGUACAAAUACUACGACCAUUGCAGUCAGAGUCACAAGAAAGAGUAAUAAACUAACAUUGAAAAAGUAUGAGUGUUCCCAAAAAAAUACUCAACCAAGUACUAGAAUAUUGUACCCUAAUGUAUAUAUAUAUACACCCUGUUCCAAAUUAUUAUGAACAUUUUUAUUUAAGUGUCUCAAAGAUUAAAUAUUUAGUUUUUCAGUGUAACUUAUGGAUACAUUGGCCGGCGUUUAUCAUUCUAGAUGUGAGGCUAGGUUUCCACUUGGUUCUUUUUGUACACCUAAAAAAACGCCAGAAAAACUGCCGCAGGUUUU